UAUGAGCUAGGUCCGGAUCCUGCUAUACACCGACCGGCGCGAGCGGUUGCAAGUACCUGGCGGUGGUUGCGUUGGUGACAUGGCUCAGAAGUUUAUUUCUUUAAAGUUUUAAGGUUUUUUUUUUUCUUUUUAGUCUUCAGAAAGCAACAGUAGUUUUUUUUUACGUCACCGUUACAAGUAUAAGACUCUUUUACUCCCCGAGAGUCCCCUUUUCCUUUCUUGUGUCUCUUCCUUUCUCUUUAUUCUUAUCCCGGUCAGACUCGCCCCUCCUCCAAGACAUCUCUCCGUUUUAUUUUAUUUGACUUUAGUUCUCGUUGAGUGAUCGCUCCUUCCCUCUUCAGCGGAUCCCUCCCCGCCUCCAUCCUCGUCCUGUGGGAGAGACCAGCCUUCUGGUGUUGCAGUCAGGAAUGGAGCUUGACAGCGCCCUGGGAGCCCCGUCGCGGGAAGAGUCUUCUUUGUCCGGGGAGUUGUCUCCCUCCGCCCUUGGACAGGCCUUCUCCAAGAUUUUACACAGUCUUACCCGCCCGGAGGCACGACGAGGCAACGGAAAAGAUGUAGCUCUUAAAGACCUCGGUGAUCUAAUAGAAGCCACCGAAUGUGAUAGGUUAUUUGAGGGGAGUGGUGCACGGCUCCGCGGAAUGCCGGAAACACUGGGGCAGGUGGCAAAAGCCGUGGAGAAGUAUGCAGCCCCCCGCAAAGAGGAGGAAGGUGGAGGUGAUGGGCACUCUGAAGUGGCCGAGAAAGCAGCCAAAGUUGGGUUACUGUUUCUUAAGCUGUUGGGGAAGGUUGAGACUGCUAAGAAUUCCCUGGUCGGCCCUGCAUGGCAGACGGGCCUGCAUCACUUGGCAGGACCGGUUUAUAUUUUUGCCAUCACACACAGCUUGGAGCAACCGUGGACCACUCCGAGAUCUCGGGAGGUUGCUAGGGAGGUGCUCACCUUACUGCUUCAAGUUACUGAAUGCAGUUCUGUGGCAGGAUUCUUACGCGGAGAAAACGAAGAUGAGAAAGGGAGUCUUUCGGUGAUAUUAGGGCUUCUGAAACCCGACUUGAAUAAGGAAUCCUGGAAGAAUAACCCUGCCAUCAAACAUGUUUUCUCAUGGACUCUGCAACAGGUCACUCGGCCCUGGCUGAGCCAGCAUCUGGAAAGGGUACUUCCUGCAUCAUUGCUCAUUUCAGAUGAUUAUCAGACUGAGAACAAAAUCCUGGGUGUACACUGUCUCCAUCACAUUGUGCUUAAUGUGCCAGCUGCUGAUUUACUCCAAUAUAACAGAGCCCAGGUCCUGUACCAUGCCGUUUUCAACCACCUGUACACACCAGAGCACCACCUCAUUCAGGCUGUGCUCCUGUGUCUGCUGGAUUUGUUCCCCAUCCUGGAGAAAACCCUGCACUGGAAAGGAGAUGGAGCUCGACCUACCACCCAUUGCGACGAGGUCCUGCAGCUGAUCCUGACCCACAUGGAGCCAGAGCACCGCCUUCUCUUACGCAGGACCUAUGCAAGAAACCUGCCGGCUUUUGUGAAGAGGUUGGGGAUCCUAACUGUUCGGCACUUGAAGCGGCUGGAGAGAGUCAUCAUUGGUUAUCUGGAGGUUUAUGAUGGACCUGAGGAGGAAGCUAGAUUGAAGAUAUUGGAAACCCUAAAACUUCUCAUGCAACAUACUUGGCCCAGAGUUUCCUGCAGACUUGUGGUCUUACUGAAGGCUCUCUUGAAACUGAUCUGUGAUGUAGCAAGGGAUCCAAAUCUUACACCUGAGUCUGUUAAGAGUGCCCUGCUACAGGAGGCCACAGACUGCCUGAUUCUCCUGGACCACUGCUCUCAAGGACGGGUAAAGAUCUCAACUCAAACAUCUUCCGUUCAGAGAAACCUUCCCUGAGUACCCCUAUCUGAAGAGUCCUUCAUCAUCCCUGGUCUUUCUUUCAUAGUACGAUUAUACAGUGUAAUUGUUAAUUUAUUUAUUCACUUGUUUACUGUGUCUCCCCCACCAGUGUUCCAGGAGAGGUGGGGCAUUUUUUCUGGUUAACCAAAUCCUCAAUAAUUACCACAAUGCCUGGCACACUGUAAGCACUUAUUUCUCCAACAAAAAACUCAAUGAAUGAAUCUAGGAUACUUUCGAAAUUACGACUUAGGCAGAAGUAGAGCAAAUGGAAAGAAAAGCCUAACACAGGAAACGCAGGUGGAAGAGUAGCGCGCGCAUGGAUGAGAAGGACGCUUAAACUUGGAGUCAACUUCGCCAAAUCCCCUGCAGCCCCCGACCCCAAGUCCGGAGCUGACAGCUGACAGCAUGGCGCGACGUCCCGCAUUGGUAGGCACGAAAGACGGGACACAUCGACCCUAUGGGAUGAGGUGACGGAGUCCUGUGCUCACAACCCGGCCGGGGCAGCGGGCAGGAGACCCCUGCCAGACACGCGUGAGAACCCAUGUUGGAAAAUCGGGGUUCCGGAAGCCUCGCAUCCAGAGCGGCACGAGGCAACAGGCCCGUUGCGUCGGCGUUUUAUAAGUGUCCGAAAAUGGGCAAAAUUCCCUGCGCAAACCCGGAGUGACAGAACAACAGUAAGACACUCACAUCAUCCGACUGCAUGGUGUCCGCGGCUCAGCGUGCAACUUCCGGCCGGAUCGCGGGCGCAGACAUGCUUCUUCCGGGCAAACCACUUCCGGAACGCCCAGCCUCACCUAUCUCGAGAAACGCUGAGACUCUCGGUGUUGCGAAACGUCCCCUGGCAGUCUCGCCGCCGCGCGCGCCACCGCGUUUCCACCACGCUGGCGUCUGCGCGCGUCCGCAACGCUGGGGCUUGUUCGCUGGCGCCGCCUGGAGCUGGGAAUCCGGUUGCGCCCCAGUGCUAUCUGCGGGAGGCAGGACGCGCGUUGGCGGCCGAAUCCUGGAGCGCGGGGACCGCAGGGGUCGCCCGUGCUUCCUUAGGGCCCUGUUUGCGACCGUUCAUGAGGAUGGGACCUCUCCCUGCCGGGCCUCCCCUCUGCUGGGAGAAGGCUGGGGAAAGGUGCGGGCGGCGCGGCGGGGCUGGGUCCCCGCUCUUACGAGUCCCCCGGCCUCAGCUCGCAGCCAGGCCCCGGCCCUGCCCCACAGAUGCUGCCUUGGCCACUACACACGCCCAAGUUGGGUGCGGCACCGGGUGCUGACUUCAGAAACUUAGAACUUGAAUUCUCCCUGUUUUGAGAAACGACUGACCAGAUGGAAAGAGCGUUCCAAUAAUAAACACCUGUGUCUUCUCAUUGCCUA